AUUCAGACCAAUGAAGUUCAUCAUGUCUUGCACAUGCAGUAUACUAAUUGGCCCGAUUUUGGGAUACCUAAUUCUCCUAGCGCAAUACUGAAUUUUCUUUGGUCUGUUAGAGCUUCGGGUGCAUUAAAUGAUCCAUGUUAUCCACCAGUUAUACAUUGUAGUGCUGGUAUUGGACGAUCAGGAACAUUUGUUUUGAUAGAUCUAGCAUUAAUCUUGAUUGAACAAGCGAAUUCUAUUUCUGGUGUUGAUAUCAAAAAUUUGUUUCUUGAGCUAAGAAAAUGUCGUAUGGGUAUUAUCCAGACAGCUGACCAGUUAAGAUUUUGUUAUCGAGCAGUCAUUAAGGCUGCGGAUACUUUGCUUGGUAUGUCAGUUGAUCAAAGACCGUUUGCCAAGUUUGAACCGGAUAAGGAGGAAGAGGAAAAUGUGUCGGAACCUUCGAGCGAAAAUGACUCAGAUGAUAUGAGUGAACAAGGCGAAGUUGAAGAUCUUGCUCUUGAUGAUUUCGAUUCAGAAGAAGAUGUCGCUGUCGGUGAUAUCGAGACAGAACUGUUCAAUCCAUUGAAUAAUAUCGGUGUCAGGUUUAGAAAUUAUAAAAUCACUACUUCCCAGUUACGUAGUUUAAACUCUCUCAUCACGUCUGAAGCUGAUUCAGAUCCACUCCAGUUACAAAAAGACCGAUUGUCAGUUGAAGCCAAUCACUUGCCAGAUUACUCAGAAAUUAAUAUGGUCCCAAGAAGUCAAGUAUAUAACGCCUUCGAAAAACCAGAAAAUGGACUAUCUGAAUUAUCCAAUGCAUCAAAUAUUCAUGUAAAUUCAUGUAACAGGAUUAAUAAUGCUUUACCAACCAGUCAAAUAGAACCAUUUCUUUCAAGUUACGAGAGUAGUAAAAAGAAUCCUAUUUUGUCUACGCUUUCUACAACACAUUCAGUCACAUCUAAUUUAUAUCCAAAGAAUACUAUUUCGCGUUCGUUACACACUAUAGGAUCGAACAUAUCUUUAUUAAAUAAUAUUUCUGAAUUCGAAGAUAAUUCCGAUUCAUAUACCAAAGAAUAUUUAGCUGCUUCGAUAGAUUUACAUGAACGUCGUACUGCUCGUCUAGCCCGACAAGCCAGGAUGCGUGCACAAAUCGAAGUCAUACGUACACGAAUGCGUGAAACAGAUAUGACACGCAAAAGAUGGCUUCCAACUCAUGUGCUCCAAUAUCUCCGCCGAUUUUAUGCAGAAAGCGGAUAUGUAAAAAGUAAAACUGGUGCCAUAAUUAGCAGUAUCCUUGUAGUUGUCGCUAUAAGUUUCGGUACAAUUGCUUAUAUCUACUGGUAAUUCUACCGAUUAAAAUUUAAUCUCAUCUUUAACACUAGAUAAAUAAAUUUUAUCGACGCUCAAUUUAUUUUAUCAAGGACUAUGUCUUCUCCCAACUACUAUGCGUUCAAAUACUUUAUAUAGUUCCUUCUCAGGUGACGAUAUCUGUUUAUCUAUAAUAUCAAGUAAUAAAUGUCGUUGAUACUUGAGUUAUAAACAUGAACCUACUCACAGACAGGCAUAUAUUAUUGAAACUUAAAAGCUAAUCUCUCACUUUUUUGCAUUUCUUAUUUAUGAAAAGUGUUUCCAUAUUCUAAUUUAUAUUGUUUUAAAAUUAACUGAUUAUUUCCUAUACAUAAUGUACUUCAUAUUUUAUAAAAUCACAACGUUUCAAAAAUAACUUAUCACCAUGAUCAUACAAUUAUUUUACAUCUAUUCACUUGUUUUUGUAUUAUUUUAUUCUUUGAGCUCUGUAACAUAGAAGACACAAUGUGGUUACAUAUCUAACCAGUUUCUUAUUUGAUCCAUUGUAAUUAUUCUGCUACAAUGUAUGCAAUUCAGAUAAACAAAAUUGUACACACGUACUUGUAAUAACAAAUAUACUUUUAUCCCUUUACCUCUCUAAUCGAAAA